CCUCCCUCCCUCGACGCUUUUCUUCCUACUGCCUCCACCAGUGUGAUUAAUUUUACAACAGCGCAUCCAACCGAGCAGAGCGUGUGUUACUCUCAGUUUAGCCCAUAUUCCGCCCGAAAACCACCAAGACUUCCUGUCCCUCUCACAAAUCCGCGUACUGCCUCUUUAACUAAAGGGGACGCGCAGUUGAGAGCUGUAACAUUUUACAGGCUGAACAUCCGCUCAGUCAGGACCCAUUCAUAAAUAAGACAUCGUGUGGAAAAGAAAGCUCAUAUAGCAUCUGUUUUUUUCAUUCAGUUGGUCGUAUGCUAAGGGGGCGAGCAGGAACCAGACAUGUUCGCCUCGGUCGGGUACUGUGGAUCGGGGCCACGGCUGAGAGGGCAGAAGUGACUUCCCAUGGCUGACCCCCUGCCGAUGGUUUUGACUUUAUGUGCGAGCCGUCAGGAGGCAGCUUGAUCUAGCUCAGGAGCAUUUGUCAAACCCACCAAAAAAAAAAAAAAAAAAAAAAUGCUCGUUCUUCUUCGGAAGGUUUGGUGUUUUGUUGAUGAUUCCGCCCUACUCAGGGCAUCCUCGUUUAAAUAGUCUACCACUUCCAUCUUCCUUUUAUUUUUUUUAUUUUUUUAAAUAAAUAAAAACACACCAGAGGAGACGAGGACCUGUCAUACCGAUGGAGCUGUGAGUUAUGGCAGCUAAAGAGGACCUGUAUGCCAAAGUGACGCCGCGGAGGCAGCGGCAGAGCCGGCCGAGCACCAUCAAACAUGGGUCCACUCUGGACGUGCUGCUGUCCAUGGGCUUCCCCAAGACCAGGGCCUUGAAAGCUCUGGUUUCGACAGGAGGGAAAAACGUCCAGGCAGCUUGUGACUGGCUCUUCUCCCACGUGGAUGACCCGUUCUUGGAUGACCCUCUGCCCAGAGAGUAUGUGUUGUAUCUGCGACCGAGUGGGCCACUGCUCCAGCAGCUCACGCACUUCUGGCAGCAGUCCCGCCUCUCCUGUGGCAAGAACAAGGCACACAACAUCUUCCCCCACAUCACCCUCUGCCAGUUCUUCAUGUGUGCCGACGGGAAGGUGGAGGCUCUGACCGACGCUCUCCAGACCACCGUGACCAAGUGGAAGGGUCGCAUACCCAUGCCCCUCCCGCUGGAGCUCUACACCUCCUCCACCUUUAUUGGCCUCUUUGUGGAUGAGCAGAUGGCGGAGGUGCUGAAGAGUUUCGCGUCUGAUUUUGCAACUGAAGCAACAGCUAAAGCAGAUGUCCAUGUGGAGCCUCAUAAGAAACAACUUCAUGUCACUUUGGCGUACCACUUCCAAACCAGUCACCUUCCAAUCCUGGAAAAGUUGGCCAAAACGGUGGAUGUGUCUUCCGGCUGUGACUGGCUGGCUGUGCUCUUCUCACGGGAUAUUCGGUUCGCUAAUCAUGAGACACUGCAAGUCAUGUACCCGUACGCGCCUCAGAAUGACGACGAGCUGGAGCUGAUGCCAGGAGACUUCAUCUUCAUGUCUCCGGUGGAGCAGAGCAGUGCCAGUGAGGGCUGGGUGUACGGCACCUCGCUGGCAUCGGGGCUGUCGGGCCUGCUGCCAGAGAACUACGUCAACCGCGCUGAUGAGUCCGACACCUGGGUCAUCCACGGGUCUCACUCGAUGCUCACCUGUGCCUCUCCAUCUAACUCUGGCAGCAGCGUGGCUGGGUUAUUAUAUGAUGGACAGCUCAAUGACAGUCUGUUUGACAGUCUCAUGGAUCCUCCCGGCCUCCCUGGCCUCCCUGGCCUCUGUCUUCCCAUGCAGGUGUCGAGGCCACCCAGUCAGUCGUCCCAGUCCAAGAUGAGACUGUUUGUGUGUCGCCAUGGCGAGAGGAUGGAUGUGGUGUUUGGGAAACACUGGAUCACUCAGUGCUUCGACACUAAAGGCCGAUACAUUCGAUCUAAUCUCAACAUGCCAUCCAGCCUGCCAGCUAGAACCGGAGGGCACCGAGAUUAUGAUAAGGAUUGUCCAAUUACUGUGUUUGGCUCCACCCAGGCCCGUCUUGUAGGUGAAGCCCUGUUGGAAAGCCAGACAAAAGUAAACUUUGUUUACUGCUCUCCGUCUCUUCGCUGCGUGCAGACAGCUCAGAACAUCCUGCAGGGUCUUCAGCUGGAGGGAAAGACAAAAAUCCGUGUGGAGCCUGGAUUGUUUGAGUGGACCAAGUGGGUUUCAGGCACAUGUUUACCCGUCUGGAUUCCUCCAGCCGAGCUGGCUGCUGCUAACCUGAGUGUGGACACAACAUACAGACCUCAUUUUCCCAUAAGUAAGUUGGCGGUGUCGGAGUCUUAUGACACCUACAUCAGCAGGAGCUUCCAAGUAGUCCAAAAGAUCCUGGCGGAGAGCAAGAACCUGGGAAACACGGUCCUGAUUGUGGCCCAUGCUUCCUCCCUGGAGGCUUGCACUCGCCAAAUACAAGGCCUCAGCCCCCAAAACUCCAAGGACUUUGUCCAAGUGGUCCGAAAGAUUCCUUACUUGGGCUUUUGUGCUUGUGAAGAAAUGGGAGAGACCGGGGUGUGGCAGCUGGUCGACCCACCCAUCUUGCCCCUGACACAUGGACCCAAUCACAGUUUCAACUGGAGGGAAAUGCUAAUGCAAGACUGAAGAAUUUGCUGCCUGGCUCUCUCUAUCUUUUGGCAGCUCUGAACUGCUGAAAAAUAUUUAUUUUUAACCCACCCUUUCUGCUAUAAAUUUAGCCCAACUACCAAAAAAAACACGUCUGGCUUCCGUCAAAGACAUCAUGCAAAAAAUAUAUUGCAAUUUUAUUCAGACGCACUGCUCAGGAAUGAGAAAAUACAGUCUGUAUUGAGAUCGCUGCAAAAAAUGAGCUACAGAUCGGGCGGCAGUCCCUUAACGUUCCAAUUCUUUGCCCAUAGCGGUGCUACAAGAACUGUGGACAUUUCUUGAUUGUUGAUGAUGAAUCAGGUUUUAUGCCACGAGAAGCUGUCACUUAGCUCUGUCUGUGGCUACUCCGCAGGCGGGACGGUUAAAGACUCUGUGUUCUGCCGCCUUCUCACACACUGUGACAAGAAAUAGAUGAGAAAGACUUGUACCACAGAAAUAUUUUUACAUGUGUCAGAAAUUAUUAUUUAACUCGUAGCUACGACCCUCCUGCAAAAAAAAGCACAAAAGAAAUGUUGACAAUCAGAUAGGGGAGAACUGAUCUUCAUUGUUUCUGGUGCUGAGGUGGGAAGUUUAUGAUACCUGUUUUAUUCCUGUAAAUGUCAUAUCAUUAAGUGGUUCUCCUGAGUUAACAUUUAUGUGCACACAUAAUUGUUUCACCUUCCUUUAAUGCAGUUUUGAUUGCCACCACAGGAGUAACCAAGUCAAUAUGACUUAAAAAAAUUAAUAUAAUGAAAUGCGGACUGCUGUCGGGUGCAUUGACUAAAACGUUUGUUUUUUUAAUCAUGACCCUGACAUUCUUUUAGCCUGAUAACCACACUGCUUUUCAAACACUUGUGCAUUUAAUUUGUUUUGGUUAUGUCAGAUGAUUUAAGUGCUUACCGUCUAUACCACUUACUUGUUGUAUGACUCAGAAGUUCUAUUGAUACUGAAUAAAGCAAGGUUGUGGAGUUAUGAAGGCCUGUAAAUAUAUGCCGGUGCCUUAUGUUCUGUAAAAAACAUGAUGUUUUAUGUAUGGGAAUUAAGGUUACUCUUUAUCUUUGGUUCCGAUUUACAUAAACAUCACAACAUUUGAACAACAUUUACAGCCCCACCUUUUUAACUCUAACCCACCAAAUUUGAAGACGUUUACAAUCUGUCUUGCAGCAGUUAAAAUGUGCACUUAAUGUUGAAAACAUACCUACCAAUAGGUUUGAUUGCCUUUAACUCUUACUCUACUGAGCACCAGUUGCAAUAUCUGUCACAUGCUGAAGAGCAGUAUUGAAAAAAUACAUUAGGGACAAAAUUAUAGACUUUUUUUUCUCAUUUUGACUUGUCAUAUCUUGAAAAGCACUGGUGGAAUUAUAAAACAUGAUGAUUAAGUUUCUUAAUAAGUUAUUCCAUACUGGAAUUUCCAGUGAACCUUAGUAUAUAGUUACCAUAUCCUCUAUUAACUGGAAUACAACCAUCAUAUUUUAAUUUUUUCAUUAAAUACACCUGUGUAUUUGUUUCUAUGGUAUUAGAUGGCAAAAUGUCUGCUUGGUUUAUCAGUUCUUCAGAAUCAAAAAACUACAAAUGAAUU